ACCCGGAUUUUUAAAAAUAUUUUUAUUAGUAUUAAAAGUGAUUUUCUUCAAAGAAGGGAAUAAGAUUUAAUAUUUUAUUCCAGUUUAAUGAGUUUUCAAAGUUUUAUAUUUAAACCCCGGGUUAUUGUGUUAUGGAUAAAUAAUUGUAUUUUCAAAACUGAUUUUCAUAUAUUGUUUUUGAAAAUUCUAGAUGAAUAUUAUGUGAAUACAUAUGGUAUGUGACUAAGUGUUACUUGUGGUAUUGCUCGUUUAAUUAUUUAUGGUGAUUUAUGAUUAUUAUGUGAUUAUUAUAUAAUUUUGUGAAUUUUGUGUUAUCUAGUUUAUUGAGCUGAAUGCUCGUAUGUGUUCGUAUUCGCGAGAUUUCAAUUUGUAUAUGCUCAGGAGAAAAUAUAGUUUAUUUGGAUAUUUUCAUAUCGAUUUGUGGAUUGCUAUGUGAUUUUAUAAUCAAUUUACCGAUUAAAUUGCGUAUAUUUAUAUUUAUUUAUUAAUUAUUUGAUUUACGUAAAACCGUCCACUCGUAACGGUAUAGCGAUUUUACUUCCCGGAAGUUUCGAGAAAACUCACCUUUAGCCUAAUUUGAAUAUUCCGGACAUUUUUCGUGUUUUGACUUUUUCGAUCCAGAGUACGGUUUUUCCCGGAGUCGGUCCGGCGGAGUUUUGCGGGUAUUUGAAUUGUUGAUAAUUAUCCAGUUUGUCUCGAUAAGCGUGAAACUAGAUAUUUUGAUUAUUAUAUUAAUUCUUAUCUUGUAAUAAUUGCGAUAGGACCCGCAUACUAAUGACUGAUUAAAAAGUCCCGUUUUGAUGAUUAUCUCGAAAACCAGUACCGAUUGGACCCCGCUUUAUUAAUAUAAAGCUAUUAAAUACGUAUUUUCAUGUCAUAAACGAUCCAAAGGGGUACCAAUUAUUUGUAAAUAUAAAUAGACUUUCCUAUAGCUGAUUUUCACCCGUAAAAUCAUUUCACCAGUUUCCUUUCACAAAUACCGAGAGAAACCGAGCAGUGUUCUUCGUGUUCUUCAUAAUCAAACGAGGAUUAGGAGGUGUUAUUGGAAUCCGAUGGAGGUGUACGAAUAGUCAAAACGAAGCUAUCGACGCGUAGAAUCCAGUUUAAUCAAUCAUAACCGUGCAGAUUUCACGGGAUUUGGACGAGACGUGUAUGCUCGAAGACGUCAGAAAGUCGGAAUGGUAUUGCAAAGCGAAUAAGGGAUGAUUGAGUAAGCGAAGCGAUGUGGCGAAUAGAGUACGGCUAGAGAUGGUCUAGAAAUUAUGAUAUGGAUAGAUUGUGAAAGUGGAAAGAUGAGAUAGAGAUAUGAGACUGGAGUCAGAUUUAAGAAAGGAUUAAAGAUGAAUGGCUAGACUAUGAUUGCGAGUAAGGCUAAUGCUAGGCGAGGAGACAGAGUUGAGGAUCCAGUGGUCGAGGAGUGUUCAGGAAAGUUGAUGAGGUUGGUGCAAGCUGGAAUAGUUGACAGUGAUUCUUCUUAUCGAAGAUGAUCUGAUUUGGUAAGAGAUGUUGUGUAAUAAUAGUGGUAGAUUCUAAUUUCAAUACUGUAACCUGGAUGCGAUCCUGUUGCUUUUAGGGGGUUUAAAUGUUCUCUGGAAAUUCUCCUAUUAUGGCUUUCAAGUUUGAAAUUCAGGUUUUGAAAUCAUUUGAUUUAUGUUCUCUUUCAAAUAUUUAAAAUUUUAUUAAAUGAUUUUAAGUUUUAAAAUUCUUCUCUGAUUUUUAUUAUCUUUAAAAAAAAAAAAUUUACAGGUUUUUAAAGUGUUUUAAAAAUGAGUUUUGUGUGGUGACGUCAGAAUCCAGACCCCCGGAUUCCUGGACCGUCACAGUUGGUAUCAGAGCAACAGGUUAUAAGUAUUUGAAAUUAGAAUAUAGAUUAUAGUUUUAAGUUCUAUUGAUGAGGAAUGUUGUGUAACCUCACAUAGAGGUAUGGUUUGACUAUUUGGAAAUAGUCUAGAGAUGUGAUAGAGGUAUAGAAUCUGGUUAGACGAUCAAGUUGAGUGUAUAAGGUUAGAGAGAUUUUGAUUCUUAAGUUAGACAUAUGAUUUCUAGUAUGUUGACUCAUUGAGAUGUUGAAUUGUGAGAAAGGUCAAGAUUAGACCUAGAUAGAAGAGUUUGAUAGUGAAUGAUUGAGUUGAGAAUGGUGAAAAUGCAGAGUUCAGAAUAUUCUGACUAUACUGCAUAGUUGAAAAUGGUCUAGUGUAUUGAUUUGAAAAUGAUAAAGAUGCAUGGUUCAUAGUAUGUUGACCAUGUCAGAUAUUUGGAAAAGAUAUAUUGUUUUAGUGAUAUAUGAAGAGUUAGUGUAAGAUAUGAGUUAUACUGAAUUAGAAGAAGAAAUUGGUAGAUAGAGGUUGAUAGAUGAGAAGUGCAUGAUAGAGAGUAUGUGGAGUUGAGUCCAGUUAUUAGAGGUGAUGUCUGCGAGUGAGUUAGAACGUUAGUCCUCGACAACGACGCUUUAAGUUAAGCGAGACAAGGUGGACCCAUAACCCACAGGGUGACGAUUCAGAAAAUCGAUGAUAUGCUACGCAUUGUGCUAUGGACUUCAAAGGCAACUGGAUGAAACAUGAGAACGUGAACUACUUGGGCUAGACUUAUUAUGAACAAUAACGUCUACGAUGACAUCUUACGAGGCUAUUACGAGUCAAAUCGAUUGAUUAUCAAGAACGUUGAAAAGAAGACAUAUAUCGAACAAUGAUUUAUUGAGGCGGAACGAAAAUCUGAGAAGACCUUGGCAAUACCUCUCUUCAACUAAAGGUUCUUUUAAUUCUUUUCUCAUCAGUGAGAUAUUAUCAUGAUAUCCUUUCGACCAAAGUUUCGAUAAAUGAGAUUUUCAAUUUCUCAAAUUCUAAGAUGAUAAUGAUAUUGAUUAUUGGUGUGAGUUAGUAUUGAAUCGGUAUAUGACAAAGGCGUGUUUAUGAAGAGACAGUGGAAUCCCUUGAUAUUCUUUCAUAUUCUUUGAUAUCCCUUAAUAUUUGUUGAUAUUCUUUGACACUCUUUGAUAUUCCUUGAUAUCUUUUCAAUAUUUCUUAAUAUAUUCCUCGAUAAUCCUUAACAUUCUUUGAUGCUCCUUGAGAUUUCUUGGAUUCUUUCCAUCUGAUUGGGAUGAACAACCCUACGUAUAGGGGACACAAGGUAUACCUGUCUGUGUGAUAGGAGUUGGAUGGGACGCCAUCACUUGUGUGUGUUGUGAUUACAAGAAGGUUAGCAACCUUUAGUAGUGUCUAAUAUAGACACGCAACAUUAAGUUCAUUUGAUCGUAUUGAUCUCCCAGUCACUCUUGUAUUCCAAUGUGACCUACUUUGAAAGCAUCUUGUUCCUCCAAAUUUUCCCAAAGAUUGAUUCUUGGGAAAUGAAUUUUGUAAUUGUGAAAGUUUGAUUUUCCUAUUUCUUUGAAGUCAAAGGUAUGCCAAGAUUGAUCAAAAGGCGGAUGACGAUAUGAUAUUACGAAGUGUGUACGUUUUAGUUUUCUUCGGGGGAUUCCGAGGACGGAAUCCUUAUAAGGGGGGUAGAAUGUAAUAUCCCAUAUUAUUAAAUUUAGAUGUGAUUUUUAUAAAUCUAUUUGUCUAAAUAUUAUUGUUGGCUGUAGUUGAAAAGCGAAUUGAUUAUGUGAAUAGUUUUAUGUGAUUAUACUUGUUCUGUGGAUUAAUAUGGAUUUUACAGAUUAUGCGUCCUCCUUCUUUCUCUGAUUCCGAGGACGGAAUCCCUAUAAGGAGGGUAGAUUGUAAUGACCCGGAUUUUUAAAAAUAUUUUUAUUAGUAUUAAAAGUGAUUUUCUUCAAAGAAGGGAAUAAGAUUUAAUAUUUUAUUCCAGUUUAAUGAGUUUUCAAAGUUUUAUAUUUAAACCCCGGGUUAUUGUGUUAUGGAUAAAUAAUUGUAUUUUCAAAACUGAUUUUCAUAUAUUGUUUUUGAAAAUUCUAGAUGAAUAUUAUGUGAAUACAUAUGGUAUGUGACUAAGUGUUACUUGUGGUAUUGCUCGUUUAAUUAUUUAUGGUGAUUUAUGAUUAUUAUGUGAUUAUUAUAUAAUUUUGUGAAUUUUGUGUUAUCUAGUUUAUUGAGCUGAAUGCUCGUAUGUGUUCGUAUUCGCGAGAUUUCAAUUUGUAUAUGCUCAGGAGAAAAUAUAGUUUAUUUGGAUAUUUUCAUAUCGAUUUGUGGAUUGCUAUGUGAUUUUAUAAUCAAUUUACCGAUUAAAUUGCGUAUAUUUAUAUUUAUUUAUUAAUUAUUUGAUUUACGUAAAACCGUCCACUCGUAACGGUAUAGCGAUUUUACUUCCCGGAAGUUUCGAGAAAACUCACCUUUAGCCUAAUUUGAAUAUUCCGGACAUUUUUCGUGUUUUGACUUUUUCGAUCCAGAGUACGGUUUUUCCCGGAGUCGGUCCGGCGGAGUUUUGCGGGUAUUUGAAUUGUUGAUAAUUAUCCAGUUUGUCUCGAUAAGCGUGAAACUAGAUAUUUUGAUUAUUAUAUUAAUUCUUAUCUUGUAAUAAUUGCGAUGGGACCCGCAUACUAAUGACUGAUUAAAAAGUCCCGUUUUGAUGAUUAUCUCGAAAACCAGUACCGAUUGGACCCCGCUUUAUUAAUAUAAAGCUAUUAAAUACGUAUUUUCAUGUCAUAAACGAUCCAAAGGGGUACCAAUUAUUUGUAAAUAUAAAUAGACUUUCCUAUAGCUGAUUUUCACCCGUAAAAUCAUUUCACCAGUUUCCUUUCACAAAUACCGAGAGAAACCGAGCAGUGUUCUUCGUGUUCUUCAUAAUCAAACGAGGAUUAGGAGGUGUUAUUGGAAUCCGAUGGAGGUGUACGAAUAGUCAAAACGAAGCUAUCGACGCGUAGAAUCCAGUUUAAUCAAUCAUAACCGUGCAGAUUUCACGGGAUUUGGACGAGACGUGUAUGCUCGAAGACGUCAGAAAGUCGGAAUGGUAUUGCAAAGCGAAUAAGGGAUGAUUGAGUAAGCGAAGCGAUGUGGCGAAUAGAGUACGGCUAGAGAUGGUCUAGAAAUUAUGAUAUGGAUAGAUUGUGAAAGUGGAAAGAUGAGAUAGAGAUAUGAGACUGGAGUCAGAUUUAAGAAAGGAUUAAAGAUGAAUGGCUAGACUAUGAUUGCGAGUAAGGCUAAUGCUAGGCGAGGAGACAGAGUUGAGGAUCCAGUGGUCGAGGAGUGUUCAGGAAAGUUGAUGAGGUUGGUGCAAGCUGGAAUAGUUGACAGUGAUUCUUCUUAUCGAAGAUGAUCUGAUUUGCUGGCAGACGAGGGCGCGUCUCCUCCUUUUCACCCAUUCCGGGAGUUUUUGAACCGCAUCGGAGUUUCUGUUUCCCCUCCUGAGGUCUUUCCCCCUUCUCCCCUACGAAGUCCGCAGAGAGUUCCCCAAGAUUUCUUGGAUAAGCUUAAUAAACAAAUUACAGAAGGCACCUUUUGCUCUGAUAUGGAUUCAUCUUCCCCUCAACCCGAGGGUACACAUAAUGCACAACAACCUACAGGGUGGGCGCGCCCUGAUGACUAUGAUUCGGAAAUCGAAUCCUGGUUUGAUGACAUCCCUACACGCUCCAAACCUGACGAAACCACCAAGGCCGCGCCUUCCACGACAUCAACGGCUGACAAAACACCCGAAGCCGCGCCCUCCAGGCCGGAUAAAGGAAAGAGUAUUGCGGUCGAAGAUUCUCCCUACUCCCCUUCCAAUUCUUCAGCCCACGAGGAGAGCUCUUCCGGAUCUGAGGGCGCGCCCGAGGAAGGUUUUAGUGAGUUUGUCAUUACCUCCCCCGACAGCUCUCCUGAACCCUACGAACAUCCAGAAAUCAAGUCAUGGGAGGAAGACAUAGAUUGGGCUGCACUUCCUGACAACGAGACCCUAUCUCCCAGGGCUGCAGAAGCCAUCAAAAGAAGAGCAGGCAAACUGGCCUGUGUAGACCAAGAUUCCUUUAUCUCCUGGGAUGAGCUGGAGUGGCUGCAAGCUUAUUAUCAUAUGGAGGGGAAAGCUGUUGUCCACAAGGAUGGGAUGCGGCCCCAUAGAUUUGAUAAAGAAAACAUUCGAAUACCAAGAAUGGUCACCACCCUUAGACACGUACCCUUGGGUGUGACCGCGCCCUUACCAUCAUACUAUGUCGACCUGUGUGAUUGGUUCAAGGUCGCGCCCAUACAACUCUCACCCAAUUCUUAUAUGUUGGCCGCUGGACUUUAUAUUCUUUUCGAUAAAGUGGGCUUGGGCGCGCCCUCCAUGAGGGAGGUGAGCUAUUUCUUCAGGUUGGCUCAAAGUCAACCAGGAUACUUUUACCUUGUGGUGCAGCACGAGCACAACAGGAAAGGUUUUUCUGAGGGAAGGGAUACACACGUAAAGAAAUGGAAAGACACAUUCUUCUACAUUUACAACACUACCCGGGUCACCACCCAGUUUAACCCAGAACCAGUUUUUCACGACAAACCGACUCUUACAAAAGAAAAAGCUGAGCGCGUGGCCAAGGUAUUCAACCAUCCACUUGCUGAGAGGAACCUUCCCUCUGUGGUUACAGAAAAGAACCUGAUCAAGGUUAAGCUACUGCCAGAGGAAGUUGGGACGAAGGUAGGAUGGAAGAAAUUUAUUGACGGGCGCCCUGUGGGCGAGAAAUUGAAAGGAACUAAGAGAAAAAGGGCUGAGUCCAGCGACUCCGAAGGUGACAAUGAAGACGAUAUGCCUCGUCCAAGCUUCAUUGGCAAGAAAGGUGCCGCUGCCCAUCAGCCAGACAAGGCCGCGACCUCUGGCUCUAAGCAACUUCCAGAGAAGGGCGCGGCUUCUGCCCAAACUCGGACAAUUCCUGACAUCCCAGAAGCUCCCUCUACUGAACAACAACCUGCCAAAAGGAAGAGGCAGUUAACUAAGGGCGCGCCCUCUAUGAGCAAAUCGGCGCGCCACUUUGCCGACAUGGGUGAUACCUAUGUCGAUGAUAAGGAGCUCGACCAAUGGAGGGCCAAACCUCAGGAGGAGAAGGACACUUUUCUGCUAAAGGGCGCGACCGAGUUCCUUGUUCAUCUCCACGACAGGGAGGAACGUCGAUUGGAGGACGCGGCCUCCCUGAAGAAGGCUGAGGAGAAUCUCUCCAAGUUGAGGGAGGAUUUUAAAUCUCAGAGGGAGGAUCUGAGGAAAGCUCAGGAAGGGUGGAAGAGCUGCCAGAGGCUUUUUAAGGAGGAGAGGGCGCGCCUGGAUCCUCUUCAGAAGGAGGUGGAGAGCCUGAAGAAAUCCAACGAGGACCUAGCUACUGCCAACCAGCAACUCAAGGAUAACCGGGCCUCUCUUUCAGCCGCAGAGACCGCGAAAAUCGAGGGCGCGGCCUUUGAUGAUGGGGUCAACAACUAUGUGGCCACCUUUAUUGCAGGCGCGCCCUCCUUUGACUGGGGCUCCCACUUCGGUUCUGGGAUGGCCAAAUGGGUGGAAGAGUUCAAGGUUGAGCAGCCAGAGCUUAUCGCUGCUAAGAAGACUCUUAUCGAGGAGACCUUGGCCAAGGAAGCUUCUGCCAGCCGUGAAAUGGAAGAGCAGGCGCGCCCUCAGGAUAACACUUCCAAGGACGCAACUGACAACCAGGCCCCCUAAUUGUCGUUGUUUAUUAAUCUUAGACUUGAACGUACAGUGAGGAGCAGGCCCUCUUUUGAUGCCUUGCAAGUUGUAUUUAAAGAUAUUUUACUUGUUGCAUACUUAACUUAUCCGGGGGGCGCGCCCUCCGGUAACUUAUCGUCACCCCUUACUUGUUUUAUUCCGCAUAUGCUUUUCUUUGGAUUA